GAUUAAGAUUUGCAGUAAAUUUAGAGCGUUUCUCCAAGAAAACACUCGAGACAGAGGCUUAACGCACAACACACCACAUCGCAAUACAACACAAUACAUAAGGGCGAGGAGCAGUGGCUCAAAAAGUUGCAGGAGCGCCGCACCCAUCAAAUCGUCAGCCGCAUUGCCUGUUUUAGCCGCCUUGCAGACGCCAUCGCCAUCGGCACAUUUUGAUAUAUAUAUAGAGAGAGAGGGAGACAUGUCACGUAGUGUGCGCGCCGAGACACGGAGCCGGGCCAAGGAUGAUAUCAAGCGUGUUAUGCAGGCCGUGGACAAGGUGCGACACUGGGAGAAGAAAUGGGUGACCAUCAGCGACACGACAAUGAAGAUCUACAAAUGGGUGCCGAUCUCCUCGAACAGCGAAAAGAAGUCAAAGCAGUUGCAGCUGAGCAACAAGAUCAGCGACAAGGAGAACUCCCAAAAGGGCACGCCUACUCCGCCCCAAAUAACGCCCAGCUAUGCCGGCCUCACCGCCGACGAUUCCAAUACAUGUUUCUCCGUUGUUAGCGACAGUCAGGGCGCUGACUUUGUGUCAAGCAUGCCCUUCUCGGAGGACUCCAAUUCGCAGGGUAGCGAUGGACCGGUGAAACGCUUGAAGACGAGCGAUUAGCCAGAUUCACCACACAUUUAUCAUCAGCUAAGCGACUAGAUUUAAGCUAAUUUGUUAAUAAGUACGACGAUAAUCAUCUGCCUCACCGAGACUUAAGCAAUUCUCCUAAAGGUCUAAGCAUAAGUAAUUAUAUACAAGUCUAAAUACAUAUAAUUAGAAUAUACGUGCACACACACCCGCACACACACACA